AUGUCCUCAUAUAAACUUUACCACAAGUACUGCUCUAAAUUUUCAUCUGAACCCGCACAACUAUUAGGAACAGCUUUGCUUCUACCGGUAUCAUCAAAAGAUCGCGAUUAUAUUGAAGGCAUCAGUGAAAACUUAAUUAUCGUUUGUCUCUUCACUAGUGUAAUGGGUCAAGAAAGCCCCGAUGAGAUUGCUGAAAACACCUUAAGGGCGCUCUUAGACUUAAAAAAACAGUUAUUGGACUUAGAUUCAAUCCCUAACGAUACUGCAAGGUUAAUAUUAGAAAACUAUAGACGUAAGUUGGAUAGCCAAACCGAAAUGAUGCCGACAGUCAACAUGCCUAGAAUAAAUGCUGGAAUUUUUGAUGUUCCAUGGAAUCUUACAGAAGACGCGAUGAAAAAGACACACAUGCAAUUCAAAGUGUAUACUCUAUAA